UUCUGCUCAUACAUAGUUGAUUAUUCUAAAUGUUGGACAUAAUGUUGAUACGUGGAACUCAAGCCUAUACGAAAAGAAACUAUGACCAUAAACUCUACAGCAAACUGCACAAGCACAACAUGUUAAUAUUGAGCGGAGUGUCUUAAGACUACAGGAACCUGAGAGAGGCAAAUAUAUGCAAUUUUAGCUUGAACACAUUAUAAAAUCUAAAAUAAAUUUGUAUCCAUAAUUCGAGAAAAGCUUUCUUUGCAGAUUGUUUGGAAAUCUCCUCAAAGUAUCGAUCAACGUAAAGCAUAUAACUGCAAAAUGUAGUAGAAAAAUUUAAUUUUGAACUGACACAACAAGUUUUGGUCGAGCUUUAAGAAUUAUACAGAUAUAAUCCUUGUAGGGAUAUUAAUCAUCGACAAAAGUCACUGGUUUUAUCCGACCCGAAUCGGUUAAUAUGACUCAUAUGCAUUCAUGGGUCAAAUGUCGAUCACGAUCCGACUCGAGGGCAUGCGGGUCGGGUUUUCCGCGGAAGCACGCAUUUCCGUCACUGCGCGCCGCGGUUCAAUUUCAACCCGACCCGGUUGGUUAAGUUGGUCUACAAGCCUUAUUUACCCUCAUUAAUACUAAUCAUCCACCAAUCUAAACGCCGCACGGCAUCCCAACAAGACGUGGAUUGAACUGAAACGAUCCAUUCUUCUGUGCUCGGACGAAACUCCUAAAUUCGUCGAGUGAGUUUGGGGAUUCGUCUCUCCCCGAUCUUCCUGCAUUCUCCCUUCAGUUUGCACUCGCUCUUUGCCGUCAUCUUUGAUUUCAGUUGUUUAGACGUGAGUAAUCGCCCGAUUGAUCGUUUGAUAUCCCGUUUGUAGUCAGGUUAUUCUUUCCCUUUUCUUGAAUUUAUUAUAUUUUUUUCUCUUCGAUUAAAUUGGGCGUGUUGUUUGAUGAGUUCCAUAGUGACUACUAAUUUCAUGUUGCCGUUCUCCUUUUCGAUCUAGGCGAAGAGUCGCAAAUGUUUGUUUCUAGGUUUCUCCCCAGUUCCUUUUGAUUGUAAUAGCUAUUCGUUUCGAGGAGGAAAGCUGUUUCGACCGAUGCAGUGCUAUUACGUUUGUAGUCUGCUAAUUUGUUGAAAUAUGUAAACAACUGCAGAUAUUUUUACUCGCGCUUUUGCAUAUUUUGAGUGUCAAAUGAAUCGCUCUGUUACUGUACAUGCUUAUUUCUCUGUGUUUUUUCCUUUCCUUUAUCGACAAAUGCAUUUAUUUUUCAUUUCUGUGAUUUUUAUUGAGUUCAUCAUAUAAGUUCUUUAUUGAUCCAAAAAGUUGGGCUAUUAAACUUGUAUGUUAUUCUGAUGUUAGAUAAUUACGAUCUUCAGACCCAACUCUAGCCAUACAUAAUUAGCUUAUCUGGGUAAGGUCAGCGCUUUGCUGGUUCUCUAAGCUGGUUUGUAUUUAAUCUGCAGAAUUUAUUUUCUAAGUUGAUUCUUGUUCGUGCGUCAUAUUUGCCAUUUGGUCAAGUUGAUUAUCUUUGGAUUUAGGACCAAAACAUUAAGAACUAAGCAAGUCAUUUCUGUUUAUGUUCUCUCAUAUGCAGUAUAUUCCAGAUAUCCCAUAGUUUCGAAAAUGAAUACAGUGGCAAUGCUGCUUAACUUCAGUGACGAGGAAGAUGUUUAACAAUCGAUCAGGAUUGGAUGAAAUAGGAGUAUCAGCAGCCUGUAGCCAGGACAGGAUGCACAUUGAGAAAUUGGAAGGGGAGUUGAGGAACUGCCACCAAGAGAUAGAAUAUUUGCAGGAUCAAUUGAAUUUGCGAAAUGUAGAGGCAAAUUUUAUGGCUGAACAUGUAGAGAGCCUUGAACUGAAGCUUGCAGGAGCUGAAAGAUUAAAUGAUAAGCUAAGGCUGAUCAGUGAGGAAUUAGUGCAAGCUGAUUCUCGGUGCAUGAUUUUGAUGGAGGAAUUGAAAUAUAAAGAGGAUGAGUUGAAAAAGUCUGACUUGCAAAUAGAGAACCUUGAGACAUCACUUCUAGAUUCACAAUGUGAAAUUGAGAGUUUAAAACUUGACAUUACUUCUCUAGAGCAGAGAUGCAUUGAAGCAGAGAGACUUGGGCAACAACUUGCUGAAGAAAAAACCACGGUGGACAAGCGGUUGAACAUACUUGAAACUCAGCUUCAGGAGAUGCAACAGAUGAUUAGUUGUUUGGAAAAUGAGAAAAAAACUCUGUUUGAGAGAAAUGCUAAACAAUAUUCCCUUAUUGUUGAACUUGACAAGAGACUGAGGCAAGAUAGCAAAGUGGGUAUCCAUUUAGACAAUCAACUUGAUUGGAGUUUCCUGCUUAAAUUAAGGGAAGAGCUUCCUUUGUCAAGAGACAUGUGCACUUCUGCAGAGAAUUUGGGUCCAUCCUCUGCGAAACUAGCUGCUGUAACAUCUCAAGAUGAACAUGUGAAGACUGAAAUAGAGAAGAUGGCAAAACAAAUUCAUGAAUCUGAUCUUCUAGUCAAUCAGCUUAAGGAAGAACUAAGGGAAGUAAAACUUAAGGCCAUGGAAGAAGCAGAAGAUCUUACUCAAGAAAUGGCUGAAUUGAGAUACCAGUUCACAGACAUGCUCGAAGAAGAAUCCAGACGCCGAGCUCUUGUUGAAGAAGCAUCUAUUAGGAGAGUUCAAGAUUUGGAGGAACAGGUGCAGAAAGAACAACAGAAAUCUAUUACAGCCCUUAGGCACUUCCGGGAAGUAAAUAAACUAGCUGAAAAGCAGUCCAUGGAAAUUAGGAGAUUAAAGACUGCACUGGAGAGGCUUGACCAGGCCCCCGGUUUGGAACCAAGUUUUGAGUCCUGCUCUUCUGGUUGUUGCAAUAUCAAACAGAAUAUUUUGGACACCGAAGCACCCAAGGAGACUGAAGCUUUAGGUGUCGUCUAUGCCAACACCGAGGUAGAUCACACUUUAGAGUGGCAUCCUAGUGAAGCUACUAACGAUGUUGAGAAGGAUAAGAAUGUUAUCAAGGAAGAUUUAUGAAGGCCGAAAAAGCCCACCACUUGGUCUAAUUAUUGUUGUCAGUGCAGUUUGUAUCUGAAUCUGUGAUGAUAAUGAUCGCUGAUUAUUGUUCUCAUGGGCACAAGGUUUGAAUAUAAUGCUUGCAAAGGACAACGAUGGUUACUGAGUGCAAAAUCCUACAGAUGGCUUCCUAUCAGCAAAUUGGUUUUGGUCGGGAAGAGGUUAGCAAUUGUUUUUUCUAUUGUUACCUUUUGUGGUGAUGCAUUAUUCUUGAAAAGUGGUUGAUACAACUCAAAUAGGAAAUCUGUUUUGGUAGAAAAUUGUGUUCGUGUUUUGUAUAUCCUGCAAAUGUUGUACAUCUACUUACAUGAAAUGGUAUUUUUAGUUAAGAAUUGGAUUGGGAUAGAAUGAUUCAUGAAAUGGUACAUCUACAAAUGGCCUGACCUUAUGUUAGGUGUGAUCCUAUGGUCGGGCUGUAGUUUCUUAAAAUAUAACCUGUCCAGGCUUUCAAUGAA